UAGUGUAUAGUUUAUCCACACAUCCGAACCUGAACAUACCUUGGAUUUUUGUUGUAGCACCAAUUUGAGGUGAGGUGAAGAUGAAUUCUGUGGACACGUUUUUUGGUUUGGUGACGUUGCCGGAGGGAAGGGUCAGGGCGGUCAGAUCAUGGCGGUGGUGCCGUGCAGAAGGGGAGACUGUCCCCAAGCAGCUGCCAGGGCUAUCGCAGAGGCCAUACGCGGCAGGAUAUGAUGAAGAGGAAAACACGAUCAUGCUGCUGUGUUUUUCUGGGUGCGCCCGUGUUGACCGCCGUGGAUCUUUGGCUCGACGGGGCGCACAUGAGAUGUCUCGCCAAGCAUACGGACGGCGCGAGAUCGUUGUCAUCGACACCCCCAUCGUCGGUCAUGUUGAAGAUCAUAUGCUCACCGCUUUGCUGUGUUUCACCUAUAGAUCACCCGCAAUCCUACAUCAACAACCUAAACCGAUCGCAAACGGGGCCCAAAAUGCACAUCCGCCCAACCCCGCUUCUUCCCCGCCGCCCCCUCCUCCUCGCCCCUUACCGCACGAUCUACUCCUCCUUCCCCGAACACCCGCUCCACAUCACGCCCGCGCAUCCCGCCCACGGGCUCGCCGACCUGCGUCUCGUCAACGAGUGGGACCCGGUCCUGCAGGCGAGCGUGCCGCACGAUGUCUGGGUCGAGCACAUGCGCGCUAUCGAGGGCGAGGUUGUUAUCACCGCGACCGCUGCGAAUGCGGGGGAGGCAGCACAGGCGGGACCGGGUGGGAGGCAGGUGUUGGGCGGGAGGGAGAGGGUCGAGGGGGAGAGGGAUGAGAAGCGGGCCUUCGACCGCACACCCACCGUCUAGACAUACCACUCGACAACUGAAAGUCCGACGGCAAGAUCAUACACAAGACAGGGGGAGAGUCCUACGAGGGGUCGUUCGUUUGCUUGUUAGUCUUGAGUCUUCACAUGCUAGGCAUGUGUUAGCAAUA